AUGAGUCGCGAGGCGGAAAGCGGCAACACGACCUUGGGAUUUACCCCGCCUGAGGAACGGCCUCUUGAAAUGGAGCCAGUUUCCGCAGUUGGACUGGCGUCAUCCAUUAUCACCUUCGUCGAGUUCGCCUUCAAAUUAGUCACGGGAGCCCUCGAAGUAUACCGGUCCGUGGAUGGUACGCUCGAGGAGAAUGCCCGUCUCGAACGGGUCAUCGGCGAUCUCAACUCCAUCGUUGACGAUCUUGGAAAGAAAGGGGGAGGCGGAUGCCGCUCAGAAAGAGCCAUCAGAGACCUCGCCGUCGAGUGUCAAGCCGACGCCGAGCUCCUUGUUGACAUCCUAAAGUCGUUGAAGGUACCUGGCAGGCGAACGCUGUGGAAGAGUGUUACCGCCCAAUGGAAAGCUCUUCUUAGAAAGGAUGAGAUCACGGGUCUCAAGGAAAGGCUUCAGGAAUACCGGAGUGAGAUUAUGCUCAAUCUCAUGCUUCUGCUUCGCGAGGACUGGUCAAACGCAAGUCAUAUUGCCGACCGGAUUGGAGACGACUUCGGUAAUCUCAGAAACGAGCUCGAGCGAGUCAAGGAAGACGUGGUGAAGGAAAUCCUGGCAUACUCAACCCCACCAGCCCCGGCGAAUAAAGACGAAGAGUCUCUAGAAAACAUAAGCAAAAUGCUAAGGGAACUGCACGUAUCGGCUCGCGCGAUUCCAGUGAAGCAGCGAAUUCUUAGGCAACUUGUUUUUAACGAAAUGCGUUGGCGUCGGGAGCAGAUAUACGUUGCAGACGACACAACCUGUGGAUGGGUUUUCAAGGACUACGAUGCAUCCAGGAACGACGAGGGAAACGAUGGUCCUGCGGAUUCAAGAACUGGAAGCAAGGGUCGAUCAGGGAAAGGACCGGAAAGCCGCCACGAAGAAGCAAGCAUGAAAAUUCGCAGUUGGCUUCGCCAUGACCAUCAUAUUCUACACCUUUCAGGGAAAGCUGGAUCCGGGAAGUCGACUCUUAUGAGAUAUAUAGCGCGGCACAAGGCCACCCAGGAAGAUUUGAAGCAGUGGGCCGGGCAGAAGACACUGGUCACGGCAGACUUUUAUUUUUGGAAUUCAGGAUCGGAUCUCCAACGCUCGCUCCAGGGUCUGUACCGGUCGCUUCUCUUCGAGGUUCUGUAUGCAGCGCCGGAGCUGAUCGCGGAAGUGUUCCCGAGGCAGUGGAAUCGCUUUCAGGCCGAAGUGGGCGACCGCCGAGUCGAAAGCGUGGACUUUGGUGAGGAGCAGAUCCGAGAUGCCUUCGAAAUCCUCAUGAACAGAACAGGAGAGGCCUCUGGAUGCAGGUUCUGCUUUUUCAUUGAUGGGCUCGAUGAGUACCAUGGAGACAUGAUGGCACAUGAGGAGCUGGCGUUGAAGUUAAGGCAGUGGACCAAAGGACGCGGCGUCAAGAUUCUUACCAGUGCACGACCACAGCAGGAGUAUUCCGGUAUCCUGGAGUUUACGAGUAAUACUAUCCACCUACACACCAUUAACCGGCCGGACAUAAAAGCCUACUGCAAGUCCCGUUUUGCGAAUGACCGAGUUGCCAGCAAUACAGGAGACACGUACGAGGAGAUAAUAUCCAAGAUCUCCUCUUACGCGGAAGGCGUGUUCCUUUGGGCAUGCCUAGUCGUUAACAAACUUCUCGAGGCUAUUCGUCAAGGAGAUCCCCACUGGGUCUUGCAAAAGAAACUAGACGAGACGCCGAGAGAACUAAACAAACUAUACACAGACUUGCGAAACUCAAUCGCGAGCCCGAUUGACCGCGUUAGAUGUGACCGGAUGCUUCUCCUGGCAGCCAAGAACCCAACAUCGGAGGAGUUAAGCGCAUUGUCAUUCUCCUGGCUUGAUGAGGGGGAGCUUCAGAACCCGGACUUUCUUUCAGACAUGCUCCGCGAGCCGUACAGCCCAAGAGAGAUGUACCAGAGAGUUUCUCGAGUAAACAAGCUGAUUGGUAGCCUCACGAAAGGGCUUCUAGAGUAUUCGCCGAAAACUUUCCUCACCAUUGCGGAGCAAAAACAGUACGAGGUACUCCAGACACACAACGUCGCUUUCUUCCACCGCACGGUGAAGGAGUACCUCCUGGAAAGUGAGGACAGGAUGCGAGAGCUAGAGGCUUCCUAUCCCGAAUUCCGGAAAGCUGCUGUCUACGGAAUCAUUUUUCUUGCGGAUUACGUCUUUGACCCUGAGCGGCGUUCUGACGCGCGUGGCCACCAUUCAUCGCUCUCCCGCGUCAUCAGUCGCCUAAACCGACUGGGAACAGACGCUUUCCCGUUUCUCGAAAAAUUACGAGCCAUGUUGGACACGGCUCCUACCAAUAAGAGGCAGAACAACCACGCCUUGCAGGGCUGCCGGGAAAAGUGCAGGGCCGAUGGGCAGCUGGACCAAGUAGCCAAUGACGACCUCAGCCUCCUAAUCUCAACAUUAUCUCAGACAAACGGCGCCUGGGACGAGGAUAUGCUCAAUACUACUACGUGGCUCCAUGAGGACAACUUGAAUAAGCCAUUUCUAGUCUAUUGGAUCCUUUCGGACGAUGAGGAUACGAUACGAGAAGGGUUUCGCAUACCGGUGUUCCUCGUAGCCAUGAUGUUUAUACUCGUGUACCAUUCUAACUGGUACGAAUGGGUGGAGGUACCGGGGCCGAACAAACCACUCUUCAAGGAGACUAAGAUUCUCUCUUUGUUCAACCGGCUCCGUGAACAUGCGCGGAAGACUGGCCAAUCCGCUCUGUCGUCCUUGAGAAAGAGCGACAAGGUCGUCGCGGAUAUGCUCGGGCACUACGAGCAUCGGGCCUGGACUCUUUUCGGAGUCUGUUCCUUGGAAGGAAGGUUGCCAGCAUUGCCCUUCCUCCUCCUCUCGCUCACGAUGACACGCACCUUUGAGUGGGAACUGGCAUCCCUGCUCAAACCAAAGGACCCUACCAAGGCCGUGACGUUUGACCUCAUCGUGCUGAACCAGCCGCUGAAGGAUACGCCGACUCUCCGGGCGCUAUGGGAGGGAGCGAAUGUACGCGUGGCGGCGGAUGGAGGCGCAAAUAGGGUGUAUGAGCUUGGCAAAGAGGCUGAGAGAAAAGGGGAGGAGAACAUAUUUGUGAGGGUCUUCCCGGGGCGACCUCUGCGCCCACCUUCUUCUCUUUGUUCCUUUUAUUCUGACCGGAAAGCGAAGCAGGACUCUCUCAGUGUAAUAAUAGGCGACCUAGACUCACUCAACGAAGACUCCCGGGCGCACUUCUCCCCAACCACACAAAUCAUCCACGACGAGGAUCAAGAGUCCACGGAUUUUGGAAAGGCAAUUGCGUGGUGUCGUCGCGCAACAGCAGCAGCCCCGGCCGAGCAACCGGUAGACAUACUCGCUCUCGGAGGGGUAGGAGGGCGCGUGGACCAGGGCUUAAGUCAGCUCCACCACCUUUUCCUGUUCCAGCCGGGAUCUGGAUACGACGAGGGCAGGAUCUAUCUCUUGUCGGAGGAGUGCGUGACGAUUCUGCUCAAGCCGGGGAGGCACAUUCUUCGUGUCCGAGAGAAAAGCGAGGGGGAAGGAGGAGGAGGAGGAGGAGGAGGGCAAGGAGAAGUGUUCGGCAAGCAUGUCGGGAUUCUGCCCAUCAAGGAGCCGAGCGUCAUCACUACCAGGGGACUUGAGUGGGAUGUUGAGGAUUGGCCGACGAGCUUUGGGGGCCGGGUGAGUACGAGUAAUCAUGUGCGGCCGGAGGUAGACACUGUCGAGGUCGAGACUUUGAAAGAAGUGCUCUUUACUAUUGCUCUCAAGGACACACAGGCGUAG